AUGUCUGACACAGGUGACGAUCAGGUUGCAGCGAUGGACCGCACCGACAGCGAUGAUUCGUUAGUCUUGAUGACCUCGUCAUUGCCUGCUGCGGUCGACUUUGUCCAGGAGACUCCUGGGGACCUGUUUGAUGCCCCCAAUGGUGCUGCUCUAAUCCAUGCAUGCAACUGCAAGGGUGCGUGGGGUGCAGGAAUUGCCCGUGCAUUUCGUGAGCGGUAUCCUGCCGCUUACGAGAUCUAUCGCCAACACUGCCUCAUGUACCAGGAACAACCAGUCACGAACACUAUCACUGACCUACGCGACGAGGACCCACAGCCCACUCUCGUUGUUCACCGUCCCCUCGGCACCGCACUCAUUAUUCCGCCCCAGCAGAGCGACUUCUCCCUACACCGCCGUCGCCAUUGGAUAAUCUGUCUCUUUACAUCGGUGCAUUAUGGCAGCCGCAGGGAUUCGGAGGAUAUGAUUGUCAAUAGCACUUUUGCUGCGCUACAACACCUGAGUGGACAGCUACACGGUCUUUCCCUGCAGACUUCCGAUACCGGUAAUGAGCGACCCCACAGCCUCUACUCCAGCCGCUUCUGCACUGGUUUGUUCAAUGUUCCCUGGGAUCGCAUUCGUAAAUUGAUCGAGACUGUCGGUCUGCAUAUCACUGUGUACCACCCCUUUGAGGGAAGCAGCCGCCGUGCUCGUCCCAUUCGCAUGUCUCGUGCCAGUAAGACGAGCCAGGACUGA